AGACGCGAGCGACAGACGUGGAAUGACUUCACGCCUCUGUUCGUGUAUUUCGAUGGUUUUUACGUGUCCGUUCGUACCGUGAGUCGGAUAGCACGACAGAGCAUCGUGCUGCCCGUUGUCCAGCAUCGUUCUCGCGCACGGCCAUAAAGAUUUUCGCGGAACGUCGCCGAAAAACACGAAGCGGCUGACACAUCGGUUCGGGAGGCAAGCUGGAUUCGGUGAGCGAGCGCGAGAGCGAGAAGGACAGAUAGUGCGCGCGGCAGGGUGGAAGAGAAGGAAGGAAGGAAGGAAGGAGGAGGAUACGGCGUGAAAGACAGGGGACUGACGUGUUGCAGGCGUAUCAGACGGACGUGUGUGGCGGUCGAACGCACCGACGAAAUACGGUAUUGUGCGGUGUACGCGAGGAACGCGCGCGCGUCAGGGUUUCCACCGUUUCAUUCAAGAAUGUUUUAAUUACGGGGAGGUGCCGCGGUCCUUGCGAGCCCUUCGCGACGACAGUGCAUGUACACCCGGACACCCGGAGUGAGGAUUAACCGUCUUUAACGGACGUGUGUGUUGUGUUACGCCGCUCGAGAGGAAACGUACGCCUGACAGAGAUGCUGAAGUUUAUCAGGGGGAAGGGCCAACAACCCACGGCUGAGCGACAGAAACUGCAAAAGGAUCUUUUCGCCUUUCGAAAGACGGUGCAGCAUGGGUUCCCAAACAAACCUACGGCCCUCGCCUGGGACCCGAGUCUGCGGCUGAUGAUCAUCGGCACGGCAUCCGGCGCCAUCAAGGUAUUCGGCAGGCCAGGCGUGGAAUUUUAUGGACAACACACCAUCGAGAGCGGUGAGAAUGCUGUCACGAAGAUCGUCGCGCUGCCCAACGAGGGUCGCGUGGUCUCCCUUUGCGACGACAACUCUCUUCACCUGUGGGAGAUCAACGAGAGCUCGGUGGUCGAGACGAAGGCGCUUUCGUUGGAGGGCAAGCUGAAGAAGAUCUCCGCGAUGUGCCUCGAGUCGAGCGGCGAGCAUCUUCUUCUUGGCACUGAAGGCGGGAAUAUCUAUCUUCUGAAUCUGAAGACGUUCGUGAUGCCCGACACUAUCAUCUACCAGGAAGUCGUGAUGCAAAAUGUGCCGGACGAUUACAAGAAGAAUCCAGGAGCGGUCGAGGCGAUAGCGGAACAACCAGGUCACCCAGACAAUAUUCUGAUAGGUUACAAUCGCGGUUUAAUGGUACUGUGGAACAAAGCAACUCCUGGAGCUCAACAGCUGAUGGGUUUGUUUUCGCGUGCGCAGACGUUCGUCUCCACGCAACAGCUGGAGUCGGUCCAUUGGGUCUCCGAGAACCGUUUCAUAUCGUCGCACAACGACGGAUCGUACGCGUUCUGGAGUCCAGGAAGCGACAGCAUGCUGGAAUCGACCACCCUCUACGGACCGUUUCCCUGUAAAGCCGUUACUAAAAUUCUUGUAUACCCAACCGCGGAGCACGGAGAGCUGUUCUUAUUUUCCGGCGGAAUGCAGCGUGCAAAUUAUGGCGAUCGUCACACCAUCACCGUCAUGACGAAAAAGAAGCACGUGGUGUUCGAUUUCACGUCGAAGGUGAUCGAUUUCUUCACCGUGUUCCCGAAGCAAGAGGAUGGCAAGGACGCCUUCGACAGUCCAGAAGCGAUCGUAGUGCUGGCCGAGGAAGAGGUAGUGGCCAUCGAUUUGACCAAUCCCGAAUGGAAAAUGAUGGCCUUGCCCUAUCUGGUAUCUCUCCACGCAAGCGCGGUGACUUGCUCGCAACAUGUUCCAAAUGUCCCGGAAGAACUCUGGGACGUGAUCGUAGCGGCUGGAAAAGCGCAAACGGAACACUUGUACUCGGAUAAACCGUGGCCCAUAGACGGUGGAAUAAUUCUCUGUCAGAAACCGGCCAACGACAAACCAAAAGGGAAAGAAUUGCUGUUGACUGGCCACGAAGACGGAACCGUCAGAUUCUGGAACGCCUCCGACGUUGCUCUGACCCCUCUGUACAAAUACAAUUCGUCCAUUUUGUUUACCGGCGAGCAUCUCGAUGUUCUGGAGCAACCGCCGGAGGACGACGAGGAGGAAUGGCCGCCGUUCAGAAAAGUUGGAACCUUCGACCCCUAUUCGGACGAUCCGCGUCUCGCGGUGAAGAAAGUUCUGCUCUGCCCUCUGUCGUCUACGUUGGUAGUCGCUGGCACCGCUGGUCAUGUGAUCACAGCGACAGUGUCGUCCGAACCGGUGAACAAAGAGAUCAAAGCCGUCACGAUGAACAUCGUGAACGAUCGUGACGGGUUCGUUUGGAAAGGUCACGAUCAUCUGCCCGCGAGAACCACCAACAUAUCAUUCGCAGUCGGCUUCCAACCGCAGAGUCUUCUUCAAUUGUAUCCACCAGCUGCGGUCACCGCCCUGGCUAUACACAGCGAGUGGGGAUUGCUGGCUGCUGGCACCGCCCAUGGUUUAGCAGUUUUCGAUUACACAAGAGCAAAGGCCGUCAGUGUGAAAUGCACUCUCAAUCCAAAUGAUCUUUCUGGAUCGGGUGACACGCCUAUUUCCAGAAGAAAGUCGUUUAAGAAAUCACUGAGGGAAUCCUUCAGAAGAUUGAGAAAAGGAAGGUCUCAGCGUCGGACAAAUGCUGGCAGUCCAACGCGAAACACGGUACCGGAGAAAAAGAAAGAACCUGCCAGCGUAGCCUCGUCUCCAAGCGGGGAUCUUUCACCGGUGGAAUUGAAACCUGUGGAGAGACAAGUGGAAGCAAGACCCAUGGACGAUGCUCUUGGCUCGAUGGUCCGAUGUUUAUACUUUGCUAGGAGUUACAUCAUCAGCAUGCAAAACACCACGCCUACUCUCUGGGCGGGCACCAACAACGGUACAGUCUACGUUUUCACGUUAGCGAUACCAGCUGGAGUGAGAAGGACAGAGGAGGACGUAAAUUGUACAUUAGGGAAAGAGAUUCAAUUGAAGCACAGAGCACCUGUAAUCGCGAUAACGAUUCUCGACGGGUCCAGUGUACCGUUGCCGGAACCGUUCGAGGCCGAAAAAGGCGUGAGUCCUGGCCCCGACAUGGCGUCCCCUCACAGAGUGGUGAUCGCCAGCGAGGAACAAUUCAAAAUCUUCAAUCUUCCGUCGUUGAAACCAUAUUGUAAAUACAAACUCACCGCCCACGAGGGUUCUCGUGUACGGAAAACGGGUUUCGCGAAAUUCACGUGCCCCAUAGAACCCGCGGGGACGCACGAGGAAACUUGUUUGCUGUGUUUGACCAAUCUCGGGGACUGUUUAUUGCUUAGUAUUCCGGAAUUGAGACGGCAGCUCAAUGCUGCUGCCAUUAAGAGGGAAGACAUCAAUGGAAUAUCUUCGUUAACGUUCACGAAAGCAGGCGAAGCUCUGUAUUUACACUCGAGUUCCGAACUUCAGCGAAUUUCCUUGUCAGCCAGUAAGGUAACGAAAGCGCAUUGCGCGUUGAAUUUACCACCGAACGCUAGAUCGUAUCCCGAGACAGCCAACAACGAACAAGUCCAAGAGAAAGGUGUCGUCGAGGGCGCGGCUGAAACGGAAGCGGAAACGCAAGGGAGUCAAACAGCAGCUCCCGUACAGAGGAUGAUCACGGAAAACGGUGUAGUGGGUUCUACCAGUGGCGAAGAGUCGCCGAAAGAACCUUCCCUGCGACCAGCUGCGAGCACCAACGACGUGAACGGGGAAGAUGAUCGCCAAGACAUAUGUUCUAUCGGAGAUAUCACGAUCGAUAGCGUGAAGGAUCAUUUACUUAACAGUUCGCUUUUCAGAAACGCCACGUCUUCCGAAGAACUUCACAAUCGUCUUGCAGGACUUAAGAUGGAGGUGACCUCGCGAACCUCGGAAAUCUCCACCCAGAAUCAGUCCCUGGUUGUGAAAACCACCACCGUCGUCUCCCAAACGACCAACAACACGACCGCCAACGGAGAGGUCGAGACGAGUCAGACGAACGAAACCCAACAAAUGAACAGCACUACUGUAGAGAGAGAGAUACGCAGCGGUACCGAGACAACAACGACACACGCUACCAUCACUCUGCCCCCGAACGUCGAGAUUAGUGCAGCCGACUUGGCGAACCUCGAAGUGACGACAACUACAGUGACCACCGAGAAAUCUAAAGCCCCGUUGGCCAGGCCCGAGGAAGUUGGUUCUUAGGAAUAUUCCAAAUCGUACCCCGUGCCCCCUCCCCGAUCACACCCGAUUUUUAUCGCUCUGGACUAUCAGAGACACGAAUAAUUAGCUGUUUUUACUUAAUGGACUCACGUGUACACAGCGGCGAUAGGUAGAAUUUAUAUACCGUAGAUUCUUUACAAAAUCUAGAUUUGUACGCGGCAUUAGCGUUAGCCAUAUAAACGAUAAGGGAGCGAGCAAAACUUUAAACUAUUGUAAAGGACGAUCGCUUCAGUUAUAACCAAACUGCCAAAAUCGUCUACGUAUUUUAUUCUUUUUAUCGAACAUUGUCACCCGCAUUUUUCCACAAGAUUUUUAAAAAUUUAUACACACUCGGCGGUUUACCAGAACCAGGCCUACGUAAUUUUAACGGGAUACGUUUUAUUUGCAGACAAAUGCGAGAAACGUUUAUCGAAAAAUUUUGUGAAAUGUAUCGUGUCGUUUUAUUCGGCGAUGAAUUACCCACGCGUGUACAAUUUUAAGACAGUUUUCGAGGAUAUUAACGAAUAGCUAACAUUUUUAAAAGUCCGUAAUUUGUGACGUGAAAUCGGUAUAAGUGAAAAAUUUUUUUUAGUUUUAUGUACAGAAAAGCCACAAGAUACAUCACAGUUCGUGAGCAUGACAGCCAUAUUGUAACGCGACGUUGUGCGUUGCGGUACUUUGUAUUUCUAAAUAAUAAAAGGUAACAAAGAGGCGACUUAAACCAUCUAUAGUAUUUCGAGCGUUGUGGGCGUGUCGCGGAAGUGGACGAAAGAAAAAUGUGUAAAAAUCGAUACGCCUAACGAAUAGAGAGAUAGCUACUUAAGUAGUAUUACGUUGUAAGGAAAAUUACAGAGAUUAAGCGAGGGAAACUUGUGACGCGAUUAUCGAUGGCCAUGACGUUUAGCGGGAGAGAGCCGUUAAAAAUAUAUUUUUUAUUGACGUUGGUUGAUCGUUAAGUUUUCCUCUUUUUCUUUGUCUAGAAAUCGAUCAUGGUACAAGGAGAAUUUUCUCUAUCGAAAAAGCAUCGAAACGUCGUCGAAUGGAAUUAAUCCAGGGGAUGGAGAGAGAAAGUAACUGUUUUAGCGCCACGCGUAUGUUCGAUCUUUUAGAUAAAGAUGCUACCCCGCUGCUGAGUUAUUUUUGGUGGAGGACAAUUGCUACAUAUUACUUUUUACGCGGUUCAAUCGUUAAAUUUCACGGAUCUUGCUACUCGUAUCGUUAUUAGCGAUGUACCGCGUAGUUCGAUUCGUAAUCGCAAAGAGUACGGAUCGUAUUUUUGAAACGCCGCUCUUUUUGGAUCUCAGCGUUAAUGAUUUUUUACGAGAACAACGUACGAAUAAAGAUAUCGUAAAAUGCUUGUAUCGAAAACGACAGACUGACGCAUGGAAGAGACAUGUCCGUUUCUUUUGCAUUUAAUCAAUAACGUUCGUACAGAAAUCCGAACAAAGUUUCUCCGCCGUUUCAUUGUCCGUUUCUCGAGACUAUGCGCGCGUUAAGACAAGUGUCGAUUUUAUUUGUUAGCGAAUACAAUUAACGCGAGGCCUUUGUAGAUAGAUUUUUAUCUUCCUCCGAUUCCGUAAAGUCUUAUUCCUUUUGAUCAACCGUUUCACGAAAAAAGUAUGUCUCGUAUACGUGGUAAAUUGUGAAUAAAUGUUAUACAAGGUGUUCCAAAGGUUGAGCACGCGCGCUCUUGUUUCAACGAAAACGCAAUAAUCUCUUUUUAGAAAUUUCGACUUUCUCCGAUGGACAAUAAUUUCGGAUGAUUUUAUAUUUUUAUCAAAUUCACUCGCGUAUCAUUGCAAUUCGAUUUCAUGUCCUGGUUACGUGUACCAUGCUUCUGGAGCACCCUGUACGUUGAUUUUAUUAUAAUUGUAAACUAUAUUAGCGGGAUGAAAUCAUCGCGCUAAGUAAGAUACGAAUGUAUGAAAAACAAACGUGCUUCUGCUAUUGUAAAAUUUAUUGGUUUUUUUACCUUGAUGAAAUAUUACACAUUGUACACAG